AGAGAUAUUUUCAUUCUUCAGUCCUUAUUGAUAAUAAACUCUAUUUUAGUGGUGGAUAUAUAACUCCUGAUCCUAAUACUAUCCUUACAACAGACUUUUUCUAUUUAGAUGUUUCUAAAUCAUUUAAAACAACAGACAGUGUUUCAAUGUUGUGGAAUGACCUUAGUAAUACCAAUGGUCCUAAGAAAGCUGAAGCUACAGCUUAUCCAUCUCGAUCCUUCAUUGAUGUUAAUAAAUUUGAUGUCAGUAAACAACAAUGGAUUGAAACUAAUUCUGCUGGGAAUACACCUAGUGAUAGAACCAAUAUUUUAU